UCGUAAAAAGAUUCAGUUUAUUAAUAAUGUAUGCGUAUAUUUUCAGACACAAUACUGUACUCUGAUAGUGAUGUGUUCUACAGUUAUUCAGUCUGUGUAGAGCAGUCGAAUACGGUCAAUGUUUCUACCAUUUGUAGGUUGCUGGUUAGAUGUUUUUGUUUGUACAUCUAUGGAUGUUGUAUACGUCGCGUCGUCGGUCGUCGACUUCAACUUUAAUUCAACUGUCAAUUUUGUGGUGUCAACAUCAACAACUAAACUGUCAGCAUUCUGUACCUCACAUUUUGCGGUGAAUUUAGUUGUUGGUGAAUGAAUAUUAUGAAAGGACUGGUGGGAGCGAGAUGGCUGCUACUUCCAUGCGUGCUCACACCCACACUCCCUUGCAGACCAUUAACAGAGGAAACCACUUCAUGAGACCCCUGCGUUCUUCUAUAAAUGGGAAGCAGAAGAGUGCAGUGGAGUUGCUGCAAGAAUCCAAAUGUCUUUAUGUUAAAUCAGAGACAGUCCUAGAUCAUCAUCAGCAGUUGAAAUCUUCUAGUCCAGACCAUUUAUAUUCUUCAAUUGUUAAAGUCCGAGGACCACCAGUUCCCCCUAAGAGUGCACAACUCAGACGGUCGUACAAUGCGUCUGCGUCGUCAACUGAUCAACUUCAAGCCAAACUGCGCAAGUUGCUGAAUGCAGAUUCUAAGGAGAACUUAAUAGAGGAUUCCAACAUUGUUCAGGAAGUUAAGAGAUCACCCCAACACUACCGGCGGUCCAACUCACAAAAGCAGACCCAGCAACGAAGCAACCACCAGGUGUGUCCCGUCCACCACAAGUCACUGCCUGAUCUGCACACUGGAGCUGAGACAAGUAGUGACUCAAGUGAGCCUGCAAGCUGCGAAUAUGUUCUCUACACUAACAGAAAAUGCAGCUCUCCGCGGCAGAGCACAAAUGAUGAGAUAAGUGUUGAGUCUUCCACCAGUAGAUCCAAACGCUUAUCCAGCCAAGCCAGCUCCAGAUCCAGGUCUCAGUCAGGUAGCAGCAGGCAUGGCGUUGCACUCACUUCUCCUGUCAAGUCCAGCGUCAGCUAUGGUGGCUCUGCCACGAAGACUGAGUACAGGAGACCAGAGACUUUGUGGACUAUGUCAGAUGAAGGAGACUGCGAGGAAGGGACCAGAUUGCGGCCCAUCCUGAGGUCAAAGUCUGACGUGGGCAGGCGCUACACCAAACUCACUCCCGUCCCCCAGCCGCCGCCCACGCCUGCAGACCUGGACACCUUCUUUGAGCAACUUGGCCUGAACUCCUCAGACUUUAAGUUGAUGACAAAGACGAGCUCCCAAGCCUCGUCACCUGUGUUUUUCUCAGACACCAGCUCAGUAGACUCUCUGUCACUGUGUGUAGCCCAGCAGAGUGCAGGGGGCAGUGAGGGUGCUACCAACCCUGUUUCGGAAGUGCCCUCCAUCGUGGAACGCAAUGCCCGCAUCAUCAAGUGGCUCUGUAACUGUCGCAAGGCACAGCUCACCAUACCGUCAGGCGUCAGCUGAUCUGGACCUGCCAGCAGGCCUCUGUCUUUCAAGUUCAAGUUUUAUGUGUUUAAAGAUAGUUGUAAAUGUAGAGGUUUAAGGUCUGGUAGAAUGCAGAUUGUAUGUUUACAGAGAUAGCAACAUAAAUGUAGAGGCUGAGUUGUUAAUUACCGUAAUUUUAAACUCGUCUAAGUGAAAAGUUAAACCAGAUUAUGCUUUUAACCAUCUACAGUAGUUUUUUAGUGUUAAAUUAUAUAAGCAAAGUUACACAUGUUGCUGGACGAAAAUGUUAAUAUGCUAUAACUAUUCGUAAGAAACUGGUGGUUUGCAAGAUGUGCAUCUGAGGAACUCUCAACUUUGCCAUGAAAUAUUUCCACCUAAUUUUGAGGUUACCGGGAAAUUUUCUUUUCCAAUUUUCCCUAAUGUACAACAAGAGCAUUCCUUUAAUUUAAAUCAAAUUAAAACUCACUUAACUUUUUAAAAUUUAUAAAUGUUUUCAAUAUAACACUGAAAUUUGUUUAUGUAAUGAACAUCUUAGAUUGAAGGCCAAGCUAAAGUAUGUAAUGCACCUUUAUUGUCUAUAUAUAUAUAUACAUUUGUAAUUUUGUGAAAUUCCGUUGUUUUUCACGUAAGUUUGUGAAAAAAAGUUAUCAUUAUAAUCUACUUACUGGAACAAUAAGUUUCAACCAUUGGGAAUAUUGUAACUUUUGGUGCAGAUACUAUAAUUGUCUUAGUAUAAAGAAUGUUGGGCUGAGUUAGGCAGUGACGGGAUAUGAUUGUGCCCUAGGAUGAGUGACUACUGCGUUACACUCUUAAAAGCAGCUUACUUGCUUUCAAUUUUUCAUCUACCAAACUUAAGUAUUCGUGUUGUUUUAUUGAACACAGUAUUUUGAAAAGUUUAUUUAACUACUGUAGAUGGUACUUAUAACAUUCUGUUUUUUAGAAUUGCACUUAUUUAUGUUUUUACAUUGUGCGGUUAUUUGUUUAAAUAGUACUUAUUUUAAACUAAUAUCAUUCAUAACAAAGGUAAAACUGAUAAUCGUAAAAGCUCAGUAUAAUGUGUUGGGUUUUAAAUCCUGUCACAGAAUCUUAAGUGUCUUAAUGGUAAAUCGAUAUUGUAGACUUUUGGUUUGGUCAGAUCUAGUCUAUGUAAUUAUUACAAAUGGUUAGUAAGGAUAUGGAUUAUCUUGAUGAAGUUGUUAUAUGUUUAUCAUAUGUAGAUAAGAAAGACAUAUAUCAGUAAAAAAAAAACAAGAGUACUUAAGUCUGUGUUACUUACAUACCUAAUUGAUAUUAACCUUAAUCCAAUAAUGUAUUAAAUUCAUAUAAUUGUAUGAAAUAAAUAAUUUCGUAUACAUAAUCAAUAAGAAUUGCAACAGUUGCAAUAAACCUCUGAAAAUCUGGUUUUUUUUAUAGCAAUACUAUGUGAUUCAAAUCCUAAUCUCACUCCAUUAUUGUAUUAAUUAAACAAUUAGUUUUAAUGUGUUAAAAAUUUUACAAUAUUUAUUAUCUGGCCAAAUGAAAAUCAAAGUGAAAUAAUAAAUAAGCUUCUUUUUAAACACUCAAGUUGAACCCUUAUUGAGCAACUCUAAAGUUGGUGAGACAACAGAGCAACACUUUAUGAAACACAAAACUAUUACAUACCCUAUAGCCUACUAUAAAAAUUUGUUAAGGUAACAAUUAAAAAAUAUAGUUAUAUUUUUACAAUUCUUUUACUACCCGAAAACUAAAAAAUACAUUUAUAGAAAACUACAAAAUUUUAUGAAUUGCUAUUAAUAAAUUGUGAAAUGCUUGAAAUUGUUGAAUGUUUGAUAAAUGGUUUAGUUUUAAAUCAUUUAAAAACUUCACUCCAAGUGCAAUAAAGUUAUAUAAAAAACUAAUACAAGUAAAAAUACAGUGCUGGUUCAUGAGAAAUACAAAAAAUUAUGCUAUGAAUAUAUAAAAAAAUUUAAACACAAGAAAAUAUAUUUUUUAGUUUUAGAAAUGGCAAGAAAAUAUUUAUAAUCAGGAGAAAGAGAACCAAUUUAUUAUUAAAUGGACUGAGCGUCCAUGGGCUCUGCUGUGCAGCCAAAAAUUUCAAAAGGUGGUCACUGCAAGUUUUUGCUUUUUAGACAAUGUUUGAUCUCUUCGAUAAUAUUUUGGGUCUCUUGUAUGAGAUUCUCAUGGGGGUUUUAAUCCCUCUAAUCUUCACUUGGCUACAAAAGUGCUUUGUGGCAAUCAUGUUAUUAGUACAAUGGAUAUCAACUUUGCAAAGACCUUAGCUCUUGUCACCUAAUAAUAAUAUCCUUUUUACAGUUCUAGAUUAUUUAUGCUUAUAUCAAGUAAUUUUCAAAGACAUUUUGUAUUUUAUUUGUUCUUGGUUCUCUUAUUAUGAUCUUAUUUGGUGCAAAAAAUUGUAAUAUUAUUGUGCAUUCAUUUUCCUUAUUAAUCGUAUAUAAGUGAAAGAAGUAUUGUCACGCAGUGCAAUAUUGAUUGUACUACUGAAACUGUACUAAAGAAAAUUGUACUUUAUGAGGAUCUGUUACUGUGCAUUAUUGUUAAGUUGGAAAGAGUAUAAAUGAUAUUAUAUCUAAAAAUAGGCCUUCUUUGUUAGUGUUCUGUAGUAUAGUUUAGCUAGUAAAAUCUGAAAUAAUGUGCUAGUUGUAAAUAAGUUAAUUCUCAAGUAACACUGCUAAUUAACCACAUUCACCUGUUUUAUUUCAAUGUUACCAUUCUAUGAAAUCGUUCUUCCCUUGUUUCAUAUAGGAUUAUCUAAAUGUUAUAUAUUUUGUUACUUUGUAGAUACUACAGUUCUUCCAUAAGUUUAUUAAUGUUAAUAUUAUGUGUUAUUGUUAAAUUGUGUUCUUUCGAUAGUUUUAUCACUUACUUUAAUAGCUGUUAAACUGAUAAUUUCUACCAGAUUAUUUAAGUAAAACUCAAACAAAAUUGGAUUAAAAUCAAUCAGUAUUGUGUACUUAACAAUUUUAGGUGUAAAUUACUUUUAAAGUGUGUUCUUUCACUUUAAUAACUUCAGAUAUGUAAAACAAACAUUGUACUGAAAGUCCGUUGUCUGCGUUGUCACUAGUAUAUUUUAGGGGUUUUAUCAUUGAAGCAAUGUAAUUAAAUAUAGUUUUUUUCUUGGUUUUAUAUUAAAUAGGAUAUUACAUCUCAGAAAAGAUGAUAAAAACUAAACAAAACAGUUGAAAUACACUGAGAAACAGCAGAUAUAAAUUUGCUUAAAAGGUACAUACAGGUUUAGGACAGUUUGCUAUAAAAUACCAUCAUUAGAUAACCCCAAAGGAAGGUUCCAAAAAUAUCCCUGGGUGGAAAAAAAUUGAUUAUACUUAACAUUUUAAAUGAAUAAACUGAAUAUAUCUAUAUCUAUAUAUAUAUAUAUAUAUAUAUAUAUAUAUAUAUAUAUAUAUAUAUAUAUAUAUAUAUAUAGCUGUAGGCUUAUAUGCAUGUAAUAGUGAGACAGAGGUGCUUUGGAAAUGUUCAAGAAAAACAUAUUUACAAUAUUGAGGAUUGUUAUCAUUCUUAAGUAUUAGUAUACCUAAUCAAGUUUGUUUGGAAUUAUGAAUAAGUAGUAAGAGUAGAAACUGUAAGGUGGUUAUGUAAACUACAGAAUUAAUUUAGUUACAGAUACAUAUACAUCAACAUACAUUCAACUACGGUACUGAUAAUCAGUGUUGUGAAUUCACCAUUAUGGCUCAAUAAAUUAAUUAAAGUAGUAAACCUUUCUAAAAUUGUAUAGGCCUACAUCAAAUGAAGUGAAUAAAUAUCAGACCUUCAGAGAAACACAAUGUUUUUAUGGCUAUGAAAACUGGAGCUGCAUUUAUUUUCUUAUUGUAAUUUAAUGUUUAUUUAAGCUGGACUAUAUACUUACCUAGUCAGUGAUUAAUCAGGUUUUGUCAAUGUUUUAUAUUUUUUGUAUUCUUAUUGGUUUCUAUUUUUAGUAUUCGUUAUUACAUGUGAUUCGUCAAAUACAUUCCAUUGUUAAAUAUGCAUUCAAAAUAAUCAUAUAUAUGUAUAAAUAACAGGGUAGUAUUUUUAGAUAUCAAUUUGAAUAUAUAUUUCAAAGGCAAGAAUCACCAGAUGUUUUAUAUAUUUCAAAUGUUAUUUUUAGUUUGCCAAAUUCAUUUUGUUCCUGUAUAUAAAACAUGUUAGAACAAACGAGAGUUGUUCCAAAAUUACAUUAAGAGAGAUGAAUGUCUAAUUGAUGAGAUGAGCUCAAACCGAAAUGCAUCUGUUAAAGUGAUACUAAUGUCGCAGUAUGUUAGUAACAUUCAAAAUGCCUAUAACAUGACACGGAGUGACAUUGUACAUCAGUUUGAUAGUAAUAAAACAAUUAUAUAACUUACACACUCGUAUUUUCACCCCAUCUAGCUCUUGUUUACUAGUCCACUCCCCUAAUGUUUAAGUCAAGGAAAAAUACACAACUAGUCAUUCAUUAUUGUCACCUUGUAUUGACUCUGAACAUGUUGGUUUCAUCUCUUAAUGUUGAAUAUUUUUGUUAUCUCUGUUAAUAGACUCAUUUACCUUUUUUUCUUUAAAAUUUAUCUAAAUAUGCCAAAUAUUACAUUCAAAGUAAUGAUUGGAGGUAAAAUAUUAACGAUAUAUUGUUAUUAUUCGCAUUAAGUUUUUAUCAAAAAUAAAAAUAAAAGAAACAUGUCUUGUAGUAUAUAAAUAUCUAUGAUUUUUAAAUGAUAAACUAAAGAACAAUUUUUUAUAUUUGAUUAAAUUGAACAUGAGACCGACUAAUACAGUUCCUGUGUAGCUUCUUUACCAGAAUUAUAACUAACAAUACAAUUCGCAAUCUAAAGCUUAAAAGAAAAAAAUAGUUAAACUGAUGUACUUUUUCAUUUGCAAAAACUGUCUCACUAAAAUGUAAUAAAACUUCCUCUCAGAAUUAUGUUUUUGUGGUAUGUUAUAAAUCAUGACAUAAAUAUCUGGACAUUUUUACAAUAAACAUGUUGUGUUUUUAUCAAAUUCAUUUAUAAUUUGAACAAUAUUUCCUAUUAUCUAUUUUGUUAAAUAUAUUUAUUUAAAAUGUAGGAGUUUUGGCCAAACAAUGUGUAUAGCCAAAUAAUGUUUUUGACCAAUAAGUACAUUAGAACAGUGAUGGUAUACAAAUUGGUCAAUAUACAAGCUGAAUGUAUGACAGUUUUUUGAGGGAACUGUACACCAAAUAAAUAACAGUUGAAAUUUCCUUAAACCUUUCAAAAUAAAAUUUUAUUGCGAAUUUGUUAUUGUACUUUGUAAAACAUUACAGACUUCUUAUUUGUAUUUGAUGAAUGAUGCAUUCCACUGUUAUUCACUUGUCAAUGUUAUUCAGUCCAUAUAAGUUUUAUGUUUUAAUUAACAAACUAUUAUAAUGAUACUUUGCUGUUACUAACGUUGUUACUUACGCUCACUAAUUUGUGUCAUUCAGAUAAGUAUCAAAAAUACAUCUGAAGUAAAGCCUAAAUAACAUAGAAUUCCAUGUAUACUGUGAUAAAUACUGUACUUUGUACACAAUCUGUGUUUUUGUUUUACUUUCAUAACUGAUAUUUUUUAUUUCUUGUAUGAUGUAAUAUAACAUUCAAUCAAAA